CCUCUAUACCUCUCGCCCCAACAAACCACACAAAAUGUCUUCAAGAAUGGCUUGUAGACUCGCCGCCAGAGCAGCUCGCCAACAGCGCGCAUUCUCAGCAACUUCAAUCACUCGAAAUGCACCAGUCACUCCUUGGGAACCUGCCCUUCCUCAAGGUGUCUCUCCUGCCUACGAUGCUGCCAUCAGCUACCUCGCCGACUACCAGUCCCGAACUCUCUCCAAACUCAAUGCUUUCAAGUCUAACCUACCUGAGACUCCUUCUCAUGAAGAGCUCCAACAACUUGCGAAGCUCGAAAUUGAGGCGUACGCGAAUGACCCUGCUGUGAGACGAAUGUUCAAGGAGACUGGUGGGGAAGGUCAGAUGGACAAGCGAAUUAUGCGAUGGCUUGGAGAGGAAAACUGGAAGAAGGAAGGAGGAUUGGAUUUGUUGAUGCAGCGUGCAUUGCAAAUGAAUGUUGUUCCCGACUUGCUACCCGAGAUACCCCCAACUGCGCCGCUUACCAUUACCCUCUCCUCUCCUGUUACUCCUGGGGCUUUCCAACGACCAUCAUCCUUUGCUCAACCACCAAAAAUUACCCACCAAAUUUUCCACCACCCUUCCCUUCCCACACUCACCAACCCUAACCCUGCCGCUCUCCAUACUCUCCUUGUCAUUGACCCCGAUGCGCCUCACCACGAGACUCACUCUUUCCAAGAGCGUGUCUUGUACAUGAAGACCGACAUCCCUAUCUCUGUUGUGGAUGGGACUGUCAACCUUACAGACAAGUCUUUCGGCAAGGAGCUCCUUGCUUGGGAACCACCUGCGCCUGAGCAGGGCACACCUUACCACCGAUAUGUUGUCCUCGUCUUCCGUCAACCCUCUCCUUCUUCCGUUACUACCAUCUCUCGCGAAGGCUUCAAGCUCCGAGAUUUCCUGUCUUCCCAAGGGCUUACCUCUCACUCUCUUAGCGGUCUUUCGCUUUUCCGUGCUGAGUGGUCAGAGGAGGAGGACGAGUUUAUCAACUCUGUAUUCAGGGAAAAGAGAGGUGUACCUGAGGGUGCGCCUGUGUAUGGUAAGGUUCCCAAGGAAGUAAGAUAUGGUUACCCCAUGAAGGCGAAGCUUAGAAGGAGAGAAGAAAUAAGGGACCAGAUUUGGGAGGGUGCUAUGCGAGAGUUGGAAGGAUUGGGAGACGUUGAGCGUGUUGGUGUUUAGACGCGACGCGUUUUUGGGAUUUACCAUUUUGCAUGAGAUUGGAAUGCAUCAAUUUAGCAUGUCUUCGAGUGCUGUGGUAUCAAGGAAGCUCCGAAUCGUUCGGUCAGUUAGCGAACGAAGGUUGUCUUCUUUUGACUUUUUAGAAAAAGAUCUCAAUCUCGGUCUAGAAGUGUAUAAAGACUAACACCCUUCAAGAAUAAUUUUAGUCUGAAACGUUCAGAAUGUUCAAUCCAGACAUCUCAGAAAUCCCGGAUGCGACUUUGCCUUCCGAAGCAAUCAGCGAAACGUGCUUUCUCCGCUUUGCCCAGGACUUGACAUUCGACGUUUCCCUUAACCCACCCCGCGACCGUUUCCAUAACGCCAUCAACACUCUCACCACUGCGCCGGCCAGCAGUCUACCUAUGAAUCAGACCCAAAACAUCCGCUCAGCCGCUAAAGAGCUCAUUGGCUAUUACACAAAUUUUACCGACACCCAAGGCAUUUUUCACAACGAUAUCAAAGGAUUUGGCGCUGCCUCCACCCUCCCGCCUUUUCUCGUUAAGCGAGAUAAAGUCUCAAAGAAGGUUGUGAACUAUGUGACGAAGAUGGAUGCUCGGCCCUCGCUUCUGAGAAUCAGUUUGCAUUUGAAAGCAUGGUGCAGCAAACAGGAAAAGAGUACGAAUUAAAAUUGCGGAAGCAUGGGUCGAGUGUGGAAAUUAUCAUGGACAUUUUGGAUGCGGAUAGGCGACGCAAGUUGGGGGGAGAGGUAACUGUGUUGUUGGGCGACGAGGUGGGGAAGAUUGGAGGGUUAACGAAAGAGUGUGAGAAUGGAAGGUUCUAUUAUCCUUUGAAGUUGAUAAAGAAGUUCACGGUGUCUGAUGAAGGGAGUGCUGGGGACUCAACGUUCGGCAGAAAAUGAGGCGGCGACCCAGUGCAGUCAACAGCUUCUGGUCUGGACGAUAGAUGCGUGCAUGAAUCUUGCUUAGUGAAAGGAUUCUAUUUUUGUGGGAUGAACAAAUUUAGCUCAUGACGUCUUGUACAGUACUGUACUCGUACUGUUAUUUUCCGUCGCGAACUCAGUUACACACAAACCAGAUACGUAUCGACUUCAUCACAUAUCCAGCCUGAACAGCAGGCACAACCGCUCCUCCCGACAUAAACUCGCCUUUUCGUCUACCUUUUCAUGUCCGCUCAUCUUCACCGCUCGAUCAUAUCUAGUCCCAGCUAUCGACUCGGCUCCCAAACAUAAGGACUGUAUUUCCGAGCUAAUUGAUGAGCAUAGUCGUAUAAUUUAUGGGGUCUCCGUCCGUCCCUCACUCCCUGGUCGCAGUGGUAUGAGUAUCUGUGUUUAGGGUGGCGUGCUUACAGUGACAGGGAUGAGUUAUAGGCGAUGCUCGAAAUAUGUCAUCCCAAUGUGUACGGAACACUUCAUGAGCCGAGCUGGGCCAUGGUCACGGUUUCGGGAAGUCCACGAUAUAUACGAGUAUUUGGUAAGGUUGAAGAAAGGUGGUAGUGCGUGAGAGGAUCUUCGGAAAGCUGCCAACAACUUUUCUACCAUUGCUAUGAUAUCUCUCUCUUCUAACCACCGUUAUUCACAAAAUGGUUGAGUAAGACAAAAAAUUACUAGCGGAACAAAACAAGAGCUCACGUCGCAUGUCACAAAUUCAUUUUACAUACGUAUACAAGUUCAUGCAUUCUAUCCGACUGGUAUACCAGCAAAGGGAACUCAUACACACCUUCAGUUGUAUUCCUCUCUAUUUAUACAUCCACUUAUCGUUCCCGUUGUUUGAACGACUUCUCCCAAACCAAGAAUAGAGGCAAGUUGAGCCAAUGUCAACGGAAAUGUUCUCAAUCCGGCCAUGCAAUGCGAUGCUGUCAACUCCGUCUUCAUAUCUUGCUUCGAUUUCGAGAUUUAGAUUCAAGAUAAUGAAGUAUCGAAAGCUGUAGGGAAGUAGGCUGAUUGAAGAUCCUAACAGAACUGCACUUUUUUGAUGGAUCGAAGUUCGUGUGUGUGGAGUGCCGAGGUCCUUAGUUCGUAAACCUUUGUCAUAUGCGAACUACAAACGCUAGGAAAUUUUGACAGAAUUCUUGUGAUAGGCAAACGGGAGGGAACAAGACCUAAAGCCAAUUUAGCUUCUUUCUACGUAAAGUUAAGACAUAUCUUACUAUCCCAAGCUUAAAACGGAGACGGACAGCAAAAACGCACCAGUGAAUUGACAAACAACAUUAUUUUGGUCAGUCACAAGAUCUGAUCGAUUCUCAAUCAUCCACCGGCCAUCAUACAGCAAUCACCAUGGGAUACCCAUACUAAGGGUAAUGACAUUGAAAACUAUAACGGUCUGUUGUUAGGUCCACGAUUAGCCAUUUAGAUAAUA